AUGGACGCUGAACAAUAUGGUUACGGAGCGGCAGCUCCCACUACCGCCCAAAGCAAUGCCGCGAAAACAGCCGCUAGAUACGAGUACGAUCCGAAGAAACAGCCUCGCCGAUCAUCGCUCAAAGGAUCCGAUCCUGAUAAAAAGGCACGUCGGUCCACCAUUGGUUGCGCCAGUACCAACACUGUUGAAGUCAAGAUCCGUGGCCAACGGGUUCCGGUCAUUCGCCGUCGAUCGAUUGACUUUGCUCGAUCGGUCCGAGUCAAGGAAGUGACACCAGUUGCCUCUUUGGCGAACAAAGAAGACGAACUUUGGCUCCAGGGCGAGGACUUUAAAGCAAUGAAAGAGGAGCGAAAGAAAAUUGUAAGAAAUAUCAUGAACAACAAAGGAGGUGAUCCAACUGCCAUACGAGGACUGGAGAAGUACGUGGACAAGACCAUACGCCAAUCGAAGCAAGUUGCUUGGGAUACCGUCUUUAUCGAACAAGAUGAACAGGAAAUGGCCGGACUGUACAGUCCCGAAAAGUUGGCCGAAGUUUACAAACAUUAUACUCGUGAAUCGCCCCACAAGGCUGUGGAGAGGGCCAAAGAAGAUGAAAAGCAGGUUCAAGACUACAUGAGCACACCUCGUACCAAACGACUCAUGAUGCGACGAUUGAGUUGUUAA